GCCCCUGCGGCCAGCCGCUCGAUGCGAUAGCUGAUGUGGAAGGCGUCGCUGCUGCUGGCCGCGGUCCGUGCCGACUUCGACGAUGCCAUGGUGGCGGCCGGGCAGCGGGGGCAGCGCAGGGCACACAAGGCGGGACCGGCGCUGCUGGACGUGCUGCGCGUGCCCGUGCGCACCGGCUGUGCGCUGACCUAUGCGGCCGGCAACCGCACGCUGACGUUCCGCGGCGCGCGCCGCAUCAGCUUCGACCCGGCGCAGGACUGCGACGGCGCCUGGCCGGCCUGCGGCGCCGGCGCGCCGCGGACGCCCCUGCUCUGCUCGUUGGGUGCAGGUGCGUCUCGCCCGCCGCGGCGCGCCCCCCUCGCGCUCGCGACGUCGGUCACGGACUUUCGGUUCCUCUGGCGCUUCUGGCGCUGGGCGGCGAACACGGCGUGCUACGCCUCGCAGCACGACCUCCCGUACUACGUCUUCGUCGGCACGCCGCUCAAGCGGGCGACGAAACGGAGCGCCGCGACGACGUGCCCCGCGCGGAAGGAGGAGCUCCUGGGCCACACGUCGAAGGCCCUCUCGCUGCACGCGCUCGCGGCGCUGGGCGUGGCGGACCGCGUGCUCUUCCUGGACGCGCGACUUCUGUGCAGAAACCGAAAUUUCACGGCGCCUUCGCGUCGACAUCCACGCCAUCGACGCGAUGCCUGCUCGACGGCGUGGCGGUGCCCGUUCCCGACUCACUGGUUGAUUUCCCCACAGGCGGACAUCUGGAUCGCGCGCCACGUGCCGCUCCGGGCCUUUCUCGAGGCCGCCGGCGCCGCGGACGUCGCCCUGCCGGCGCCCUGCUACCGCCAGCUCUUCGGCGCCGCCGUCGUGCUCGUGCGGUCGACGCCGUGGGCCGCCGGGUUCCUGGCCACGUGGUUCGGCCUGCGCUGCGGCCCGAAGGACCAGCCGUCGCUGUGGCACCUCGUCCUGCGGGCCGCGGGGCUCGACGGUGCCGCCGAAGAGGUGUUGAAACUCUACCACGACGAGCGGUGCGUCGUCGACGGCGCGCUGACGAAGAACGAGUGCUCGUGCGUUGCAAGUGGCCGCGUCGCGGCCGACGACGCGACGUGCGGCUACUACGCGGCGUGGAAGGCGGCGAACCGCGCGUUCCUGGCCGGCGGCGCGUUCCCGCCGGGCGCCGUCGUCGACGCGGGCGACGUGUACGCGGUGCGGCGGCCGACGUUCGUCGAGGGCGGCCGCGUGGCGUACCUACCGAACGUCGGGUCCGGGUCGCUCCUCUGCGGCGCGGCGGCGCCGCUCCGCCACGUCAAGUUCCUCCGGAAGGAGGACCGCGACUUGCCGGCCGCGUGCCCCGCGCUGCCGCCGGGGACGGGGUGGAAGGGGGACUAAGUUUGUAGGUGUUGUGUUCGAAAAAA